CCCUCACUCCUCUUCAUGUCAUUCGCUCUCUCUCUCUCUCUCUCUCAUAAUUAUUGUACCAGUAAUAACUCUCGGUCACCGCCUUUCCCGCCAAAACUUAACCUCAUCAGUCCCUCUUCCCGCCACAACUCCCGUGUCUCUUUCUCACCUCUUUCCAUUUAUACACACACUCUGCCUCUCUCUCUCUUUGUAAACCUCGCCUCUCUCUCUCUCUCUCUCUCUCUCUCAAUUCCUACUUCCUCUCUCUCUGCUCCCCAAAUCGUCACCCUCGAUCUCUGUUAGAAUUAAGCUUCAUGGUGUGCAGGGAGGGUCUCUCCUUCACCUCCCCCAUGCCUUCCCCUACUCUGACAAAACUAUCACUCAUCAAAACCACUCACACCAUCCACCACCCUAAACCCACCUCCUCCGCCGACUCCCCAACCGCUUUCGGCCACAGAAUCGUCCGCAUCAUCCUCACCGACGCCGACGCCACCGACUCUUCCUCCGACGAAGAAAGCGAACAAGUCGUCAGGAGGAGAGUCAAGAGACUCGUCAAACAAAUCAACAUCGACCAAUCCCCUCAUGUCCAAUCCGUAAGGAAACCAGCGAAGAGUAGUGGUAAGAAGAGGAGGUUUGACUCGCCGGAAUCUGACGUCACCCGUUGGAAGAAAUUCCGCGGCGUACGUCGACGUCCCUGGGGCCGAUGGGCGGCAGAGAUCCGAGAUCCGGCCCGGAGAAAACGGGUCUGGCUCGGGACUUACGACACGGCCGAGGAAGCCGCCACGGUGUACGAUCGAGCUGCCGUUAUGUUGAAAGGUCCUGCCGCCGUUACGAACUUUCCGACGGUAACGGAGGGUAAGACGGAGGAAGGGGUAGAAUUGGAAAACGUGGCGGCUUUGUCGCCCACGUCCGUCCUCCGUUACGAGGAUUUAACGGCGGUCGAGGGCAAGACGGAGGGAACAGAAUUGGGAGGCGUGGCGGUUUCGUCGCCGACGUCGGUGCUGCGUUACGAGGAUUUGACGUCGUUUAGUCACGGCGACGUGGACGAGACGGCGGUGGAUGGUGGCAAUAGUACGGAAGGGGAUGGGUUGGGAAACGUGGCAGACUCGUCGUCGCCCACGUCAGCCGUCCGUUACGAGGAAGAGUUAACGCCGUUCGAUGGGUUCAGUUACGGUGACGUUGACGCCUUUGGUUUCGACAUCGAUAUGCCGUUAAGCCUGCCGGAUUUCGCUAUGUCGGAGGGUUUCUACGGCGAGGACGAUCUGAGCGUUGAGUUCGACGUCGACGAUUUCCUCGUUGACGUGAGAUAAAUAUGCUACCUACGAGAUACUAGAAUUAUCUCUUGUCUUUUGAGUGGGGACUUGUUGGUAAUUUUGAGAAAAAUACAGGGGCUCAUCUGUAAUACUAUGAAAGUGCUUAUUCGUUGACUGCUACGGAGUGCUGUACUGUAUGUGUAUAGUUCGAUUAAUAUACGGCGAUUAUGUCAGGUGUGAGUGAUAAGAUGAAUUUUGUAGAAUUGUAUUUGUUAUUUAUUGGUAAUUAAAUUGAUAUUCGCGUUUCACU